AAUUUACAAGGGAUAAAUUGCAACCAACAAACCCUAAUGUCAUCGUGCGAGCGACGCUUCUACAUCACCAAUUUUACCUCUCUACAUUUGCAGUCAGUCGUUCCAUAGCUGAACGCUGUUUCAACUUUGCAUCCAAGCAGUCGAGGUUGAACUAUAUUUGCUGUGACAAAGGCACUUGAAGCCUUCACUCAUCCCGGUACAUCUUCACCUUCUUCCGCGAGGAGUUGCAUAUAGCUAAUUGUUUUAAAUGUCAAAUAGACCAGACCCAGAUAUUGAUGAUGAUUUUAGUGAACUUUAUAAGGAGUAUACUGGCCCUCCAAGAUUAAAUGCUACUGAUGUACAAGACAAAGCAAAAACGAACAAAAGAUCCCAUGCAGAUUCUGAUGAGGAAGAGGAGCCCCGUGAUCCUAAUGCUGUCCCAACUGAUUUUACUAGUAGAGAAGCUAAAGUUUGGGAAGCAAAAUCUAAAGCAACUGAGAGGAACUGGAAGAAAAAGAAAGAAGAAGAGAUGAUCUGUAAAAUAUGUGGCGAAUCAGGCCACUUCACUCAGGGGUGCCCAUCUACCCUUGGAGCAAAUCGCAAAUCGCAAGAUUUCUUUGAAAGAGUGCCUGCAAGAGAAAAACAUGUGAAAGCCCUUUUUACAGAGAAAGUGAUAUACAAGAUCGAAAAAGAUAUUGGCUGCAAAAUCAAAGUAGAGGAAAAAUUUAUUAUUGUCAGUGGCAAGGAUAGGUUGAUCUUGAAAAAAGGCGUGGAUGCUGUGCACAAAAUUAAAGAAGAGGGUGACAACAAGGGUUCUUCUAGUUCUCACAUGGCCAGGUCUAGGUCUCCUGAGCGGAGAAGUCCUGUUGGUUCUCGGUUGGGACGCUCUGAUUCUCAAAGGUCUAAUCCCAAUUCUGCAUCACAGUUUGAUCAUAGGUUUGGUAGACAGGAUAAGGUUGUGGAAAACCGUGUUCGCGAGGAUCUCCAGAAACUAUCAAGAAAUUCUCCAAAAGCUUAUGGUAAUGAUGGAGCCAGAGGUCGGUCAAGCCAUUCAAGAUCUCCAGCACGUCCUCCUUACACUGGCAACUCAUAUAAUUCCUAUGAUGAUCAUAGGCACAGCAUGGGGGCCUACAGGACUGAUGGAUGGGAUUCUGAAAGACGAGGAUCUGACUUGCAAUCUGGCCGUAAGUUUGAAAACCCUGCCUUCCCACAGGUGUUAGAGGAUUUAGAGUUGGAACAUAAGAGGGAAGCAGUGGAUCUUGGAAGAAUUCGCGACAAGGAAGAAGAUGAAGAGAACUACAAGCAUCGUGAGGCCAUUAGGGAGCUGAGGGAGAAUUACAUGAACAAACUGGUUGUUCUAAGGGGAAUGCAUGCAAAACAGUGGGAAGAGUUUCUUCAACUCGAUGGCCAAAGGAGACAACAGUGGGCACGCCAGCAGAUGUCCAAUUCAGGGUUUGGUAGUUACAAGCACCCUAGUUAUGCCGAAUAUGAUAGCUCUUCAGGCAAUUCUCACUUUGCUGGAGCCAAUGUACCAAUGGAAUCAAGGGGCAGGUACCCUAACCACAUGGAAAGUUAUCCUCCUUCAAGACCUCGUGACACGUACGGUGACUUUCAGCGUCAAAGGAAUGAAGACUAUGGGAAAGCAUAUAACCGGUACUAAUUCAGUACGUUCGAGUUAAGUUUGGGAUGGAGUCGGUCUUUUGGGUACAAGUUAUGCACAAGAAAUCCCCCAACCUAGGUAAGCAUGUUGAUUAUGUUUCUGGACUUUGAGAAGGAGACUGUAAGAAUUUAAUGCUAGUACAGUUUGUUUGGUUUUAAAGAACAAACAUUGAGGAUGGUAUUGGCUUAAUCAGCUAGGGCUGGUUGUUUUUUAUGUUUGCUACUCUCUCUUAGAGGUUCAGAUUUGCAUGGUGUAUUAGCACUGGUAAGUCUUUGGUUCAUCCUAUGGAAGUGAGAAAUGAAAAUGCUUUAUUUUAUCGUUA